AUGGAUUUCGACCGGCUUGCCCAAUUCUCUAAUGUCCCCCACAAUCUUGCCCGCCAUCAUUUCCAUCAUCUUGAGCUACAGCGCAACGAUGCAGUGGCAGAUGAGGCUGAUUGCCGGAGAAAGUACGUCGCGCGUUGUCUGUUCCGCAAAUUGUCCUGUGAUAUAUCCAAGAAGUACUGCAACGGUCCUUUCAGGCUCUAUUGCGAUGACCUCCGUCCUGAUAAUGUUCUUGUUGAUGCAUCAAGCCUUGCUGUUACUGGAGUGGUAGAUUGGGAGUUCACGUAUGCCGUUCUUAAGCCCGAAGAUUGGGAAUCCGAUCUAGGUCAGUUCCUGGUCCGUUUUAUGCCGAGAUUCUACACCUUCCUCGAGGUCCUCCGCGCUUGUGAGACCGAGAAAAUCAACAAUGGUCCCUUGUCACAAUCACAGCAACUAUCCCCUGCCAUGGAGUAUUUAUCGAUCCAAAUUUUGUUUGGCCCAUUCAAUACAAUUGAGGGUCGUUAUGGUUUACUUGGUGUGGAAGAGCAGGCCAGCAUUGACACCGUUGUCAAGAACAAGUUGCAGCAGGCAAGUGAGGGCACUUUGGUCUCUCAUUAUAACAUUGACGAACUGGUUGAUCUAUUAAGAUUCAUGGUUCCCGAUACGAUGCAGUUGAGUCUUUAUAUCAAUCACUUCUCUAGCUGA